AUGAACGACACAGAACGAGAAGCAUAUACCUUCCUACUCCCAAUCCUAAACUCCAUCCCACCGGCACAGUCUCGCCCAACAAUAACACUAACCUACGCAUCUUCGCUCGACGGCCUCAUAUCCGGUCCAAAUGGACGCCAACUAGCACUCUCCGGACGAGAAUCAUUCAUCAUGACACAUGCCUUACGGGCUCUACACGAUGGUAUACUAGUAGGCAUCGGAACUGUGCUGAACGAUAAUCCAUCAUUGACUGUACGUUUGGUCGAGUAUUUGUCAAACGGUGACAAGAUUAGUGAUAUUGUAAAUUAUAAGCAUCCGCGCCCUAUUCUUCUCGAUACGAGGCUCAGGACGCCUGUAGAAUGUACACUAAUGGCUAGGAACCCUAUAAUUGUCACGGAUACGCAAAACUUGAUCAAUAACAGGCAACGUGUCGUGGAAUUGGAAUCUGGAGGUGCUGUGAUGCUACCAUGUCCGGUCAUCGACGGGCGUCUAGAUCUGCCAUCUGUAUUGGACGUGCUGAAGAACACGUAUGGGAUAAAGUCUAUCAUGAUUGAAGGAGGUGCUAGUGUUAUAAGGACGAUGCUGGUGCAUCAUCCUCAUGUAGUGGAUACCGCUAUAGUGACUAUUGCUCCUCUGUAUGUGGGGAAUGGUGUUCAUGUUAUGGGGUUGGAUCGAACAGGUAGCUCCGACGAACUUCUCAUGCCAAAGCUAGAGGACGUCAUAUACAGACAGUUUGGAAAGGAUAUUGUAUUGGCUGCACGUAUACAAAGGACGUGA